AUGCAUCAAAUAAAAUAUGCUUUAGAGUUACUAUCUGAGCUAGGCUUAACAACAGCCAAGCCUGCAUCUACUCCUAUGGACUACAAUACCAAGCUAACAACUAGACAGUUUGAUGAGCAUGUUAAGCAUGGAAAGACUACUAAGGAUCCACCAGCAAACCAAGGUUCUUAUAAAAAAUUGAUUGGAAAGCUGUUGUACCUAACUAUGACAAGGCCAGACAUAGCCUUUUGUGUUCAAACACUCAGUCAGUUUCUUCAAGAUCCUAAAAGAUCACACAUGGAGGCAACACUCAGAGUAGUAAAGUAUGUGAAAGGACAACCAGGUCAAGGUGUGUUGUUGUCUAGUGGUUCAAAUAAUAAAGUGAGUGCCUACUGUGAUGCAGACUGGGCAGCUUUCCCUCAAACUAGAAGGUCUGUAACUGGUUACUUUGUGAAGAUUGAAGAGUCAGUAGUAUCCUGGAAAUCAAAGAAACAAAACACUGUUUCUAAGAGCUCAGCUGAGGCAGAGUUCAGAAGUCUUGCAGCAGUGACAGCUGAACUAGUAUGGAUUCUAGGUCUGAUGAAGGAAAUUAGAAGUGAAGCAAUGCUACCUGUGGAUGUGUUCAGUGAUAGCAAGUCUGCAAUACAAAUAGCUGCUAAUCCAAUAUAUCAUGAGAGGACAAAACAUAUUGAUAUUGAUUGUUUAUUUAUAAGGGAAAAAAUAGUCAAAGGAAUGAUCUAG